CGGCUUCUGCGCUCUGAUUGGUCAGUCACAUUAGAGGCUGAAUCUAUCAUUGAUGUUCGACACAGAGCUGACAACAACACUCUUUCUGGGUUACUGUAAUUUUAGGUCAAGUGCGCCAGCUUGGACUACUUUUAUAGCACACAUAGCACCUUCCCUUCUUUGGGCAUCACUCUUUUAAAGCCAACAUGACUGGGUGUGAACCGUUGGAAAAGAAGAAGCAGCAGCAGCACACGUCGGUUAACGGGGACGUUUGCUCAGAGGCAGCCGUGGAAGAUGCGUUUGAUCACACUUACAAGGAGAAAGAGGGCCCAAAACCUCCCAGAGUCAUGGUGUGGAGAAAUGUCAUCCUCAUGACUCUGUUGCAUAUAGGAGCAGCUUACGGCUUAUUCCUCAUCCCUACAGCAUCUCCCUCUACUUUGCUUUGGUCUUUAGUCUGCUUUCUGCUAAGUGCUUUAGGAGUUACAGCAGGAGCUCAUCGUUUGUGGAGUCACAGGGCCUACAAGGCGUCUCUACCUCUGAGGAUCUUUCUUGCUCUUAGUAAUUCCAUGGCCUUUCAGAACGACAUCUUUGAGUGGGCUCGAGACCACCGGGUUCAUCACAAAUACUCCGAGACGGACGCAGACCCCCACAAUGCCGGAAGGGGCUUCUUCUUCUCUCACAUCGGCUGGCUGCUGGUCCGAAAACAUCCUGACGUCAUCGAGAAGGGCCGCAAGCUGGAGCUCAGUGACCUGCUUGCUGACAAAGUUGUGAUGUUUCAGAGAAGGCACUACAAGCUCUCUGUGCUGCUAAUGUGCUUCUUCAUCCCGAUGUUUGUGCCUUGGUACUUCUGGGGCGAGUCGCUUUGGGUGGCCUACUUCAUCCCGGCCCUGCUGCGGUACACCUUGGUACUGAACGCCACCUGGCUCGUCAACAGCGCGGCACACAUGUGGGGAAACAGGCCAUACGACAGGGACAUCAACCCUAGAGAGAACAGAUUCGUCACUUUCAGCGCAAUAGGUGAGGGAUUUCACAACUACCACCACACUUUCCCCUACGACUAUGCCACCAGCGAGUACGGCUGCAAGCUGAACCUCACCACCUGCUUCAUCGACUUCAUGUGCUUUCUGGGCCUGGCUAAGGAUCGCAAGAGGAUGUCCCGUGAGGUUGUCCUGUCUCGGAUACAGCGCACCGGAGACGGAAGUCACCGCAGUGGCUAAAAAAAACAAAACCCAAACAAACAAAAUUAAAAUACCCAAAAGUCGUUGUCCUGUUCUAAA